CGCAGAGAAUACAGAAUGACCUCGACACAUCCAACCAAUGGGUGUUGUCAGUGGGCGGGGCUUACACGCCCCAGCUAACGUAAGCGUUGUUUAGUAGGAAGAAGAAGCCGAUUCUGGAAGCCAUUACGUUGCGCACAUCAAUUGAGUAAAUCCUACUAUUUUUGCGUACUAUACGCACAAUUAACCUCCACAACCUCCAGGAAUUUCUUACUAAUUAUGGCAUCGAUCGCUAAAAAGAGAAAAAUGAAUUUCUCGGAGAGAGAGGUGGAAAUUAUUGUGGAAGAAAUAGAGAAACAAAAGCACACACUGGUUAACCACUUCAAUGCUGGAGUCACACACAUGGCCAAGAAUAACGCGUGGGUGGACAUCCUGAAGAAGGUAAACGCGGUCACCACCUGUCCCAGAGAGUUGCCCGAGGUGAAGAAGAAGUGGUCCGACAUGAAGACGGAGGUCCGGAGGAAGGUGGCCCAGGCGCGGGCUGCCAUAGAGGGAACCUCCGCAGACUGCACUCCGGUUCCGGUCAUCCUCACCGCGAUGCAGCAGCGGAUCUGUAACCUGCUGGGAGAGGCCACCAUCAUCAGCUUACCUGCAGGAGGAGACUCGGAUGCUGAGAUCACUCUACCUGUGACGGUGACCACCGCAACCACCGUCACUCUAGCAGAGACUCUUCCAGCCGGCUCAGGUACAGUCUGUGAUGAAACAAAGCCACUGAAUGCUGAAACAACGUACCACACCCUGGAGGAUGGAGGCGUGGUGGAGUACUGCACCACCACCGUAAGCGACUCCGCUCCCACUGUGGUGGCGGCCGUUGAGGCUCCGGUGGAGAUGCUGGCCUCGUCCUCGGCUUCCCCGCCUCCGCCUCAGGGUCAGGCCAAACCUCAGGAACUGAAGAGCCGCAUCGCCCUCAACUCAGCCCGCCUGCUGCAGGAGCAGCGAGUCACCAACGUCCACAUCCGACAGAUCGCCCAGCACCUGGAGGGCCAGAACGAGCUUCUGCACAUGAUGCGGCGCUCCCAGGAGGCUCAGGCGUUUGCCCAGGAAAGACAGGCCCAGGCCCUGGAGGGUACCCAGGCUGCCCUGCUGGCGUUAGUGCAGAUGCUCAGGCCCGCUCUCAAAGACCUGCGCAAAUUCCUGCAGAGUGGGAACGAGGUUGCAAACGCCAGCAGCAGCUCAACAGCGGGAGCGACAGCUGACGGCGGGGCAGGAACAGGGGAGCAGAGCAGGCCCAAAACACCUCCUCCACAGCAAGCCGAGGAGGCACAAUAGACACUGUGUGUGUGCGUGUGUGUGUGUGUGUGUGUGUGUGUGUGGGGCACUGCCUCCUGGUCUGCAUUGUACAUAGAGGAGUCCAUGAACACAGACUUCAGAGAACAAUGAAAAGCUUGUCAGAAGUUGCCUUCGGCGGGAGCAUGUACAGAGUUUUACUUAUGUUUUAUGAUUCAGAAAAACAGUCAAGAAAGCAGUGAAAAGGUUCUCUUGAACAUUAUUUUUUUACUUUUUACCAUCUGUCAUUUAUUAGCAGUGAGUUUAUGUUAUUUAAUACAUUGGAUUUGAUAUUGAAAUUAGGUUUUUAAUGCAAAGAUGUCGACCAGUAAUCACUCUGAUGUGGGCUGAACAUUUAGUUCGUAGUUUCUUCAAGAAGUCAUCCUGCAGCUUACACUGAAUGGAGAAUAAUGAGUUUUGUUUAGGGAUGCACUGAUCUAACUUUUUCAAUACCGAUAGCGAUACCUGUGCUUUGGGUAUCGGCCGAUACCGAGUACCGAUCCGAUACCAGUGUUUAAUUAAUAAGCUGUAUUCCUCACUGUGUGGA